ACCCUGCAGCUCGUAUGACCUAGCACCACAUUUCCACCGUUAUACGGUGCCAAACAGCAAGGUCACAGAUGGACAAAUGGAAGAGCCGGAUUGCGGAAAGUCGUCAGGCAGUUGGAUAAUGCCCGAUAUAAUUCCUACUAUUCUCUGCUGAAGGGCGCUAAUUUCCACCAGCAUGAUGGGGGCUAUUUCCGCUCGUAUGUUUGUGGCACGUCAGACACAGUCUCAAUAAAUAAUAGCGUAUAUAGUGUGCGUUAUCUGCAGUAACGUCGGGCUGUAGAUAGUGCCAAGGGAUAAAGCUCAAAUAGCGAAUAUAAAUGUUAUCCAUUUAUAGUUUUACGCUAUUGAAAAGUUGAAGAACCACUUAUAGUUCUAAUUUCUUAAAAUGCGAAAAGCGUGAAAAGUAAAGCAUCUCAUUGAAUCAUGUCACCCAACCUCACCCUAUUAGCUCAGUGCAGUGGGAAACUGCUCACAGCCCACUGCUCAUCGUCUAAGUUGACAGCAUACCGGAAUCCGAUUCGAGCCACUUCGCCACUAUCUGGCUCCCGAUCUCGACAUAGAUGGACUUCGGCCAGUGGCACCGAUCACGCUUCAAACCUCGAUGAUGAGCAUGAUACGCUGACCGGUGAAAUUGCAGAUGAAGUGGGUAAGCGUGGGCGCUAAGUCCAAGUCGGAGCACAGGAAACGUUACACGCGAGGCUAAACUGAGCCGCAAGGCCCUUGCCCCUUACUUGGAAUUUCCUGACCAGGUAGUGGUGGUGAAGAAACAACGCAACAAGCGUUGCUUAGCGUGACUUCUGGACUCUGAAAUACCCCAUCGCACAUUAUUCUCAGGAUCAUGUUUCUAAAAUCAAAGCAGUGAAGCUCUGCUCUGUUAACACAAUCAUUGAUUCUCAGCUGCUUGUAAUAUGUGUAAAACAUGUCAGCCAGCACAGACUGAUGCCCUGGCUAGUGUCCACGUUCCGUUACCCUGGUCCGUCAUGGUCAGGGUCAGGGGGGCGUGACCGGCCGCGGGCCCGUCCCGCCUCACACCGCCACCUACUUAAGGCCACACCGACUGUGGGAGAGCAUCAGUUCCACACCGAUCCCACUCCAGACAACAUGAAGCUGUUCAUCAUCGCUGCUUUGGCCCUGGUGGCCGUCGCCGACCGGCCCCAGCCUUCCUACAGGCCCCGUCCUACCUACGCCGCCCCGACCUACGCUGCCCCGACCUACGCCCCGGCCCCGACCUACAAGCCCCAGCCCAAGUACGCUCCUGCCCCGUCCUACGGCCACUCGAGCUACAAGCCGAUCGCUAUCCUGGAGCAGGAGGACGUCCACCCCGGAGACGGCACCUACAGCUCCAAGUUCUCCACCGAGAACGGCAUCUACAGGUCUGAGACUGGCGUGCCGGUGCCCGGCUACGGCAAGAAUGCCUAUGGCGAGGCGGAGGACCUCUACCGUCAGGAGGGCUCCUGGAGCUACACCAACGGCUACGGCGAGGAGGUCAAGGUCGCCUUUGUCGCCGACGAGAACGGCUACCAGCCGUCCAGCGACAUCCUGCCCACCCCGGUGCCCACCGAGUACCCGACCCCCGAGGUGGACCCCGCCUACGUCGAGCCCCAGCCCAGCUACGGCAAGCCCGCCUACCAGCCGACUUAUAAGCCCGCCUACAACUAAGUGAUCCACACGACCCUGCGUUUUCCUUCAUUCGUCUUAUUUAUUGUGUUUUUAUAUUUAUGAACAAUGUGAUUCGUCAGA